UCGCGGUUGGUGUGAACCUGAAUCGUCGUUCGUCGCUCUUUUCAUAUAACCUGUCUAUGUUGAUAGGUCACAGGUGAUGUGCGGGGACGGUGGCGAUGUGACGACCUCCGGACUCGGUCGCCUCACACCCGGCCUAGACAACACGAUGUUCUAGUGAGUUCGGUGUCGUGUGUAGAUCACGUCCAGAUUCCGGGUCACAUGCAGAUGCGAGAUGUCCGAGAUGGAAUGGACCAACGAUCAGAUAAUACACCUGGUGAACGAGUAUAGGAACAAACCCAUGUUGUGGGACCCCGGUCACGACAUGUACCGCACGCAGAGCAUCAAGUACGAGGCGUGGUGCGACAUCGCGGAGACCUUCCAAUGCGAGAUAACAGAUCUGAGGAAGAAGAUCAACUCGAUCUUCGCGUCCCAUAGGAGGGAGAAGGCCAAGGUGCGCGCCGGAGGACGUUCCAAUUGGUUCCUGUACAACCACAUGAGCUUCCUGCCGUCGCACGUCGAAAACGACGACAACGCGGAGCCUAGCGGGAAGAAAACGAGAUCAAAAAGAAGGGAGAUAGAGGAAGAAGAAAAAGUAACUACAGAAGAAGAAUACGAUCAGGAGGACGACGCUCCCAUACAUAUAAUAGUCAAAGAAGAGACAGACGUCGAAAGAACUCCACAGAAGACGAACCAGGGUAAACCGAGGUUACGGAGAGUCGUGAAGAAGAGGGUAGCCAGAGAUGCUGAGAGAUCUCGGUUCCUUCGACGGAAGGUCAUCAAGAGGGCCGAGUACAAGAAGGACGAGUGUGACACCUUUGGGGAGUACAUCGCCUCGUCGCUCAGGAAACACGACGAGAGGACCAGGUCCAUGAUCAAACAGGCCAUCAACAACAUACUGUUCGAGCAGGAGAUGAAGAAGUACAGCGGAGGAGGGCAUUACGUGCUGCUGUCAGGGAUAGAAGACUCCAACCCUCUGGUGAUAGGAGACGGCGGUGAAAAGUAGAUGCACUGUCCUUCAUCUGAGCUGCCAAUUGUCGCGCGGGCUGAAGAUGAAGGGCUCAGAUGAAGGCUGCUGGUGUAUAGUGACGAAUUAAUAAAGGAUUGUUUUCUUUGAUUGC